AUGACCGAGCCGCCAGUCACAAAUCAGCAGGCGGCAGAUGGAGACAACUCGGUGCAACAGACCAGCGAGUCUACGCCGGUGACAGAUGGGGCCGUACCCUCUGGUGGCCCGUCCGGUGCGACGGCCGAGUCGAGUCUCCCGGCGUUUGAUACUUCGCUCCCGUCGGUGGGCUCAACGGCAGCAGAAGACCUGUCCCUUCCGGCCAUUGACACAAAUUUGCCGAGCCUGGACUCCUCUCUACCAGCCAUUGGAACCGAUAUUCCUACGAUGGAUGGAUUUCACCAUGACGGACAGGCCAACCAGCAUGCGAACCCCGGGAACGACCAGUCCGGGCACUCCAAUGGCCCAGGCUCGUAUCACCAACCAUCCAAUGGCACAUAUCCCCCGGAUAUGUACCACAACCCCGGGGGCUUCACACCCACCAACGUGAACCAGGGCAAUGCGCCAUCGACCAUGCCCCCGAUGGCCUCAAUGGGCCAGUACAUGGCUGGGUACCCGUCGGAUGCGGAUGCACAGAUGCGAUACCAAUUGCCCGAUGACCCGAGCAAGAUGAGCAGUCGACACAAGAAAGAAGUCAAACGACGGACCAAGACUGGGUGUUUAACGUGUCGAAAACGCCGAAUUAAGUGCGACGAAGGUCACCCUGUCUGCAGAAAUUGUGUCAAGAGCAAACGUGAAUGCUUAGGCUACGACCCCGUGUUUCGCCCUCAGGCAUCCACCCCGUCGGCCAUCCAGCCUGCUGCGCCUAAUCCCCCGCCGUCGUUGGUCGUCAACCCUCAAGGCCCUCCCUCGUCCUCCACACCCUCUUAUCCCUCUGCGCCUCCAGGGUACGUGCCUGCGACCUCGCAGCCAUACGCGCCCGCCCUCCAGUCCCAGUCGCCGAGCACCUCUGUCGACCAGUACGACCCUGGGACCACCAUCGACCCUUUACUGGGCGCAAAUCAUUCAACCAACACCGCCGACAUGCAAAAUUCAGACAACCCGCGGCCUCAGGGCAUGGAGCCUGUUUACAAAUCCAAAAACCUGCUCAUGACUGACCUGAUCGCUCUCCGCGGCAUUGCGCCUCCUGCUCCCCAUCCCAUUGGCACCCUUCCACCCGGUCGUUUGGAGGAAAUCCAGGCCGUCUUCUUGGCAACAUACGCCCCAGCGAUCGACAAGUUUCUCGAAGUGAAGUGGUACUCCGAGAAAGCGCUCUCCACCCUGAUGGCGGACCAGCAACUCAUGGCGGACUAUUCGGCGCUGAUCGAUGCAUUCAACGGAUGGGACCUCAACGAACACGAAACCAUCGCUCGCCUGGAGAGCUUUGAGGCCUCGGUGAUCUGGCGGAGCAUGAUCCUGUGCCGCCAAAUACCAGACGCAGUGAACGGGCAAUUCGGCACAGACUGGAAUCUGCUGGUGGCAUGUGCGCGCCUCAACGUGAUCGAAGCUCUCCUGACAUGGAGCCACCUGGAUCCCAAUCCCUUGUCCCGGGACAUGUUCAGGGAUGCGGCCAGACCGCCCAGCCCGCCAGACCAGUUCAUGCACCGCCAGCUGGAUUUCUGGGACGAGGUCGGCGAGUUCCUAACGCUGCAUGACGACGAAGCCAGCUCAGCCAAGGAGAUCGAUGACACGCUCUCCCGCUGCCGAGCCCUGCUGGACACGUACGAGAACCGCGAUAUCAUCUACUCGAUCGCCAUCGCGCGCCAUCUGGGACAACGCUGGGCAGACUUCCCAAACACCUUGCCCAAGGUCGGCUACACCAACGAAAAAGAAGCCGGCACCAAGCUUUACGUCGCACAGAAGUUCUUGGAAGAUGAAGCCGAAGGCAAAGGCACCACCCAGAUCUACAAGCGCAUCUGCUGCAUGGCCGUCCGCUCUUGGUGGUGUGCGCGCGAGUAG